AUGCAGACGAAUACGCAGCACGAGGCCAACAGUGCGGGCAGUGGUUAUGGCAGUAAUUCAGGUGGUGAACGAAGCCCCUUGUCCUUCUUGAAGAAUAUCACGUCGGAGAAGAAGCAGACCAAAGAUGGGCAACCUGCUAAGCGCCGAGGGCCGAAGCCUGACAGCAAGCCUGCCAUGACAAGAAGACAAGAACUAAAUCGUCAAGCUCAACGGACACACCGAGAACGCAAAGAGCAAUACAUCAAGACUCUUGAAGCAGAGGUGCUCCGCCUCAAAGACGUGUACGCAGACUCGACGCGGGAUCGAGACAAAGUCAUGGAAGAGAACAGACGACUCAGAAUCCUGCUGGAGCAACACGGCAUCUCGUACAACUUCGGGGAGAGCCCCGUCAAAUUCCAGCGCGAAAACAGCGGCUACGGUCCUAGCUCCAGUGGCUCAAUCUCUGGCAGCUAUCCUCCAGGCUCUGACAGUACCGGCUUCAGCCCACCCCCGUCCAGUGGCCAGCCGAUGCAGAUAUCGCAGCAGCACCCGGGCGGCAUGCAACAACAGCAGCGUCCAAUGGCCAGCAUGGCCCAACUCCCAAACAACCAGGUUGAUUACGAUCAAAUCGGCAUAGACUUUGUCCUAACGUACGACUCCCAAGGCCGACCAACUGGUCGCGCCCCCGCACCCCCUCCUCCACGCUGA